AGUUUGCGAGUUUGAGACCUAGCGCAGCUACUAGAAGAGGAUCUCAAGCAUUGAAACCACAGAUAUAGAUGCAACAUAAAAAUAUGUAAAUAAUAACAUGACAACACAGUCCAACAUAAGUUAUGUUCCUCUGUUCUAUCGUCACGGUUCGGAGUGAACAGAAAAGCAAUCGUUUCGCCGCUGCCUAUUACACGGUUCAGUUCUGGUAAGUGAUCUUGCAAAAGUCUAUGGGCAAUCAGCUAAUGAAUGGCACCAUCCGAUGAUGAGCUGGCUCAAUUACACAUCCUAACAAAAAGAACCGUAAAACACGUGUUCCGUCCAUGCCAUUGCAUAAGUUGCAAAGCCCCCGUAUUUGUAGGCCCCACCAAUGGGUAAAUUAAAUAUCGAAACUAUAACCUCACACGACACCGAACAACCGGCCGAUUCGAUCGAAUGGUGUCCGCACGACGGCUGGCAGGACGUAUUCGUAUGCGGCACCUACCAGCACGAGCGCGAUGAAGAACCGUCCUCCGCAAAUCGAGUAGGCCGAAUACUAUUGUACCGGUUCGGUGCUGGACCGGACGGUGGUGGACCUACGGAUGAUACGCUCUCGCUCCUACAAACGAUUGACAGGUCGGCCGUUUUAGAUCAAAAAUGGAACCCACGGACAAACCAUCAACUGGCGGUGGCCGGUGCCGAUGGAACGCUAGCACUCUACGCCCUGUCCGACACAUCCGGACAGCUUCAGCUCGAACCACAGACAACGGCAACGCUUGCGGGCGAUGAAACCGAGGAGCGUAAUCUGUUAGCGUUGGCGCUUGAUUGGUCGCCCGAUGGAAAACGGAUCGCUGUAAGCGAUUCGCACGGUUGCAUCCAGCUGUUGAACGUUGAGGAUGGUCUCCAGCCCGUGCACAGCUGGAAGGUGCACGGGUUUGAAGCGUGGACGUGUGCGUUUAGUCGGCAUAACGAAAAUAUCGUCUUCAGUGGUGGCGACGAUUGCUUUCUGUGUGCGCACGACGUACGCUGUCCGGGCGAACCGAUCAUGAAGGGUAAAAAUAAAACUCACUCGGCGGGAGUCACCUCUCUACUGUCCUUUGCCGGGCGGGAUCACAUUCUACUCACCGGAAGCUACGAUGAAAACGUACGUCUGUUUGACGAACGGCAGCUGAAGUGUAGCGUUUCCGAACUGCCGCUGCACGGUGGCGUCUGGCGCUUGCGGUCGAAUCCACUCCGCGAGCCGGAUGCAAUUCUGUGCGCCUGCAUGUAUCAUAACUUUAGUGUGGUUCAGCUUAAUGCAGACGAUUCGUUCGAGCUGGUUGGAGUGUACGGGGAACAUGAGAGCAUCUGCUAUGGUUGUGAUUGGCAACAGGUUGGGAAAGGCUACCGUUCCGGUAGAAACGUGAUAGCGACUUGCUCGUUUUACGAUCAUAAACUAUGCGUAUCGGAGGUAACUGUAGCUUAGCUAGGUUAAUAAAUAUACGAAGCGCUUACCA